UCUGGUGGUUCAGCAGAGUGGCUCUGGUAGGGACCUUGUGGAGAAGCUUUGAGCUGCUGAGCUUAAUAAUGGCCUGUGGGACUUAUUUGAAAGUAUUUUGGUCUGUCUUGCUAAUAUUCUCCCUCCUUCCUGGAGGUGAAGCAGUUCCCAGACCUGAUGUUCACCCCAGUGUGGUCCAUGAUUCUGGAAGACCAGCUUCCUUCCAGAGCAAGGUUCCUUCUGGCAACCUUUCACCUUCCCAAGAUCCUAGCACUUCUGAAUACAGUGAAGUCCUGGCUAAUGCUUCUGGCUCCUAUCAGACAAAGAAUGCUUCUCGUAGUGAUGAGCCACCUUCCCACAGAACUAUCUCUAAUGGUCCCUGGCGCGUUCUGCCUUUCUUCAGCCACAGCUCUGUUGUCACGCCGUCUCAAAAUGGCUCUCUUCUUGAUCAGGUAGCUGAUAAAAGAGCUGCCUUUAACCAGAGUUUGAGGGCUAGUCCUGUUCCAGGUGCAGUCUCUCUGCUUGGUUAUGACAGCACCCAGGCUAAUUUUACUCCUGUGCAGAAUGCAUUGCAUCCCUUUAACCAAGGUUAUGGCAAAAUUUGGUUACCAGUUGGACAUGGCCCUCUGAGACCACCUGCUCAGGGUGUUGACUUUGCUCAGAGUUCAUAUGCUUCCAAACAAAAGUUUGGGCCCCAAGGUGUCUCUGCUCCUGGCCACUUGCUGGUCCCACCAGUUGGUUCUUCUCCUGCCCAGAUGCCAAGUUCUCAAGGGGAGUAUCUAUACUCCCAUGUAAGCUUAGUCCCUGACCUAGGAAUGACCCAUAAUGCUGGCUUGGUUCCUUCCCAAUCCCACAGGCCCCAGGUGGGCUCCAGUUCCCCCUAUGGGUUCUACCCAUCUAGAUUCCCAACUGGUCAAGAUGGGAUUUCCCCACCUAUCCAUAGCAGUGCUUCUGGUAUCACAGGUAUUGUACCACAUGUGGCUUACCAGGGUGGUGCUAUUUCUAGUCAGGCUGUAGGCCCUGUGUCCAGAUCUGUUCCAGUCCUGCAGAUGGCUUCUCCUGUCUGGGCCUUGAGUGCUCAUGAUAGUUAUCCAGAUGAAUUUACUGUUCCUGCUUACAUGAGCAGUUACUCCCUUUCCCAACCUAGUAAUGCCCAAGUGGGCUCUGGCCCUGCUCACGGUUGGCAUCUUCCAAGUGUCAUUCCUAGUCAGGCUGGAGCUUCUCCAGGUGUCUACAGCAGUGUUCAGGGCAGCUAUGGUACAGGGCCUGUUGAUACCCAGGGUAGUGCUACUUCUACUUGGGUUGCAGGCUUUCAGCCUGGUUCUGGUCUUGGUCAUGUAGUGGCACCCCAGUUUGGCUCCACAGUAGGCCAGACCAUGGUGCCACAUGCUGGCUCUGCAUCUGUUCAUUACCAUCAGCCCCUCCUAGGUUCUGGGCUGGCUGAGAACUUGCAAUCUGGUUAUCACUACAGUGAUGGCUCUGUACCUGGUUGGACAACUGUUGGUCAGCCCAUGUGGGCCCAGAUGGCUUCAGUCCCUGCUAGCGCUGGUGUUCCACAUCAUGCUACAGGACAUCCAGGACCCCAGUUUCCUGGUUACACUCUUACUAGUACAGCUCCAGGUCAAACUCUGGUGCCCCACAGAGGUUCUCUUCUUGGUGACAUUGUUGGUGCUGAUGGCACACAUGUGGUGCAGUGGCCUGACUACAGUCUGGGUUCACCAGAAACAUCUGGUGUUGACUUGGGGGUGGGCUACUUCAGGCAGAAUUAUAGAAACCCCUGGGGUCCUAAUGACUGGCCAGUUUUGUCUUCACCCCUGAGCAGUGUUCCAGGUGAGCUUUGUUUCUGCCUCAAGGAUUUCAGUUCCUACUAGCAACAGGCUGACCUGAGUGCUAUAAUGCUGCAUUAAUGGUACCCCUACUCUGACUAGUGGAGCCCAGAUUACCUGAUUGGACUACAACUGUCUGUUAAAUGUCAUAUCCAGUAGUGAUGCUAUUGCUUAAACAUGAGUCUGAUCAAAGUUCCAAGCACUAAGUAACUGAUGUGGAGGAGGGAAGGUUCAUCUUUAUGAACUUGGCCACUUCUUAAAAUGAUCUGUUUAAGAAUUUGAGGAAGAUGAUUCAAUUUAAUCUGGAUGUGGAAUGUUUGGAUUUUAAUAAAUGUUGUAACACAACACUGUGCAA